AUUGUGAAAAGUUUCCAUAAUAAAUAUUAUAACAUGUUUUGUGAUUGAAAAAUUUAACACAUAUGUUUAAAAUAAUUUUGCAAUAGACGCAAGAGUAGUGAAAUGCUACUUUAGAAACUAAUUCGAACAUUUUAAAAGGAACAAAGAAUAUAUUUUCUAUAUUUUUUUUUAAGUAAAAUGUUAUCGAAAUGGAUAUAUUUCUUCAUUGGAUUAACUACAUUAGUGGUAUCAUCGGCAAAUAUUGUUUUCACAAAUUCUUUCUUGGUCAGAUUCCAUCAGAACAUUAACAAUGACAUUGCUCAUGCCAUCGCUAGUCGAAAUGGUUUCGAAAACGUGGGGGAGUUGUCUGGCAGUAAUGGACGGGAAUACCAUUUUAAAAAUAAAGUUCUACAUCAUUCCCGCACAAGAAGAAGCAUAACGCAAACACGAGUUCUUAAACGUGAACCUUUAAUUCGAACCACCAUUCAACAGACUGGUUUUGUACGAGUAAAGAGAGGUUUGAGAUCAUCACCACCAUCUUUAGUAAUUCCGACACCUUAUGUGGAUGAUCAUCAGAGUGAGCAAACUAUACCAUCAGAUCCCUAUUUUCCGUUACAAUGGUAUUUGCGGAAUACUGGUCAAAAUGGAGGAAAAAAACAUUUAGAUUUGAAUGUGCAAGCUGCUUGGGAUCUGGGCAUUACUGGCAAAAAUGUGACCACUGCAAUUAUGGAUGAUGGUGUCGAUUAUAUGCAUCCUGAUCUUAAAUACAACUAUAACCCAGAAGCCAGCUAUGAUUUUAGUAGCAAUGAUCCAUUUCCAUACCCAAGAUACACGGAUGAUUGGUUUAAUAGCCAUGGCACUAGAUGUGCUGGUGAGGUGUCUGCGGCUAGAGAUAAUGGAGUUUGUGGAGUUGGUGUCGCCUAUGAUUCGAAAAUAGCAGGUAUACGGAUGUUGGAUCAACCUUAUAUGACUGAUUUGAUUGAAGCCAAUUCAAUGGGUCAUGAGCCACAUAAAAUUCAUAUUUAUUCGGCUUCAUGGGGCCCAACUGAUGACGGUAAAACUGUUGAUGGGCCCAGAAAUGCCACAAUGCGAGCAAUUGUACAAGGAGUCAAUGAAGGCAGGAAUGGAUUGGGAAAUAUUUAUGUCUGGGCUUCUGGCGAUGGAGGCGAAGAUGAUGACUGCAAUUGUGAUGGAUAUGCUGCCUCAAUGUGGACUAUUUCAAUUAAUAGUGCAAUUAAUGAUGGACAAAAUGCUCAUUACGAUGAAAGUUGUAGUUCAACGUUGGCAAGUACUUUUAGUAAUGGUGCAAAGGAUCCCAACACAGGUGUCGCAACAACAGAUCUUUACGGGAAAUGCACGACAACCCAUUCUGGUACAAGCGCAGCUGCUCCUGAAGCAGCAGGAAUAUUUGCACUUGCACUAGAAGCCAAUACAAUGUUAACUUGGAGAGAUAUUCAACACCUCACAGUAUUGACCUCAAAAAGAAAUUCUCUCUUCGAUGCAAAAAAUCGUUUUCAUUGGACUAUGAAUGGCGUUGGUUUGGAAUUUAAUCACUUAUUUGGAUUUGGUGUACUGGAUGCAGGUUCAAUGGUUACAUUAGCCAAACAGUGGAGAACUGUCCCCCCUCGUUAUCAUUGUGAAGCCGGAGAUAUUACACAACUCAGGUUCAUCUAAUGUUUAUUACAACCUUA